UGUGAUUGUUCUCAUUUUGAAAUCAUUUGCUUCGUUGAAUAAACCACACUCACCUUUUUUCUCUAUCUUCUACUUUGGUUGAAUACUUGAAUCAUCCGAUCUUCGACCAAAUUUCUCAGAAUUUGAAGCAUGUCAGAUGACCAAGAGGCCCCUCUGAUUAAUGGAGUAGAACACAAGAUUUGUGAGGUACUUCCGUUUGUAGAUGAUGACUACGGAGGAGUGAUCGUGGAGAUGAAAACUCCUAUGGAUGCUAAGUCUUUUGUUGCAGCGCUUAGAUAUUCAUUCCAGCAGUGGCGGUCACAGGGUAAAAAGGGAGUCUGGUUAAACUUGCCUCUCUCACACGUAAACCUCGUGGAACCUGCGGUCAAGGAAGGUUUCAGGUAUCACCACGCUGAGCCAACUUACCUGAUGCUAGUUUAUUGGAUUCCGGAAGCCGAGAGUACUAUUCCUUUGAAUGCUUCCCAUCGUGUUCGUGUUGGUGCUGUUGUCUUGAACCAUAACAAAGAGAUUCUUGUGGUGCAGGAAAAAUACGGUACAUUACGCGGAUCAGGUAACUGGAAGAUCCCAACAGGAGUUGUUGACGAGGGUGAGGAGAUUUUCGCGGCAGCCAUUAGAGAAGUAAAAGAAGAAACAGGCAUCGACACUGAGUUUUUGGAGAUUCUAGCUUUCUGUCAAACCCACGAGUCAUUUUUUGCCAAGUCAGAUUUAUUCUUCGUUUGUCUCUUGAGACCUACCUCCUUUGAUAUUCAAAAACAGGACUUAGAAAUCGAAGCAGCUCAAUGGAUGCGGUUCGAGGACUCUGCCUCUCAACCUAUCACACAUAAGAACGAGCUCUUCAAAGCUAUUCACUGCAUUUGCUCAAUGAAAAUGGAGAAGAGCUAUAGUGGUUUUUCCACACAGCAUAUUACAACUUUCUUUGACGACAAGUUAGUUGCGUCUUACUGUCUGGUGGCACUGCUGAUCCUAACACUGGCGGGAUCGGUUAAAAACAGCCACGGAGGUGGUCGGAGAGAGAAUUUUCGAGCAGCGGCGAGAGGAAGAAACUGUGAGGUUUGGAGAGGGAAGCAAAUGAUGGAGAGGCCAUGUGAGGAGUUAUACGUAGUAGGGGAAGGAGAUACGCUUCACAGCAUCAGCGAAAAAUGCGGCGACCCGUUUAUCGUGGAGCGUAACCCGCAUAUCCAUGACCCGGAUGAUGUCUUCCCGGGUCUCCUCAUCAAACUUCACAUUAACCUCCCUGAAUAAGUCAUAACAAGUUCAAGACAUGUCGGUUUCUGUACAUUAUGGUUACAUAUAUAUCUCCCUUUUUUUUUCUUGUACGUUUUGGUUUUUGAAUGAAUAACUUGAACACUU